CCCAAUGCAUUCUGAGGUGAAUCGUCGCCAUUGAAAAGGCUGUGAUUAUACUGUGAACACUGUGGGAAGAGUAAAACUUCAAAUAUGUGGAUUUAUAUUUGAAAACGAGUGUUUAGGUGUCCGAUAUGGAUAUCACAUCCAUCGGAUAGCUUUCUUGUAGGAGAGUAGUGAAAUUGUCGGUGUGGGGACAGAGUUUAUAUUCACACAUUGGUUACAAAUUAUAUUCCUGUCUGGUUCAUGGAAUGCUGUCGUUCAAUAAGUGGUCAUGAUUAAUAUCAAACUAUGACGAGAGACGAGGAGUUAACGGAUCCCCAGAAGUGGAUGAACAUUUCUUUUAAAAAAGCAGGAAUUUUUAACUGCGUUUUAGUCCAAAAUCUAAAGUCGAUCGAUUUGAUUGAACAUAAUCGUCGACCUUGUUUAGAUUUUGGAAGUGGGUCAGACAGCCAAUUAUUCUCGUGUUUAUACGUAUAGCAGGACACGUAAUAGGUAUAUAGUGUGCGGAUUAUUUCUGUGAUACAGUGAAAUAGGAUAGAAACUGAAGGUUACAGGUAGUGUGACGGACAGUAUUGGUAUUUACAGUAUUAACGAAGUGUUACUGUUGGCUAUUAUAGUGACAUAAUGACAUUUUUGCCAAUGAUAAGAAGCUGUACUUUAAACCUGCAGUAGGGCUAGACACUCACUGGUCAGAUUUAAAGUAUCAGAUUUCUUGUAUACAAAUUUGAUUCCAGCUGGUGUUGUGAAAAUCAUGAGUAAGACUGUCCGACCAAGUGUAAAUGGAGAUGUAUCUCAUACGACGGAUGAAGAUUCUCAUGAGUUGCACAGGAAACCUGUGAAACAACAAGGACUGCCUGCCUCAAGCAAAAUCAACAAAAGAGUGAGUAAUGAUAUGGGACAAAGGAAUACACAUCGUAGGAUAUCUGACAGAACCUUGGGUGAAAGGCAAUCUCCAGAUCACGUCUCGAAAGUAGGAACACGAAGUUCUCGGUUUGGAGGAAUCGGCAAGCAACGGAAGUGUGUUUCGGACGAUUGGACGGCAAAGGUACAAGCAAUAAACGGAAGUCAUAGUGAAAAAUAUUCACCGUCUGGAAAGAUUAAGGGUGUAGGAGUACUUAGAAAAGAGAAAGAGAAACUAAGCAGUAUUCCGUCUAGUUCAACAGAUAAUGCAAUGUCUAGUUCACAAAAGACUCAUGGAAAGGAGAAAACUUUCGUCAAAGAUUCCAACAAAGUAGAUACUAGUGUUAGUAAUAUUAGUAAUAAUUCAGAUGAAUCAAGACCAGAUCCCAAAAGUGUUCAAAAACCAGAAAAUGAAAAAAUCAAGCACAAAUUUCACGUCAUUCCAAGUUCAAGUUCCCGGCGAUCUGUUACAAUAGACAAGACUACAACUGUCAUUCGACCCGAUGGAAAUAAAGAAAAAUCGGCUGUGUUAACCGAUGAAUCAAGUGAUACGAUAGACAGUGCGAUAGGAAAAAGUUUGAGUUCCAAAGACAUUGAUGAAAGUGACGAUUUGGCACAAGUUGGGGAUGGAAGUUCGGAAUUCGAUGGUGCUACUGAAAGGAAGGAUGAUGAAUCUGGGAAAAAGGAGGAUGAAAACGAUGAAAAAGCUGUGGCUACGUCGCCAGAUGGAAGAUUUCUCAAGUUUGAUGUUGAAAUUGGAAGAGGUUCUUUUAAGACCGUGUAUAAAGGCUUAGAUACUGAAACUGGUGUAGCUGUUGCUUGGUGUGAAUUACAGGAUAAGAAAUGGAACAAGAGUGAAAGACAGAGGUUUCGAGAGGAGGCUGAAAUGUUGAAGGAGUUACAGCAUCCCAACAUUGUCAGAUUCUACGAUUCUUGGGAAGAACCGAACAUGAGGAAUAGAAAAAUCAUCGUACUUGUGACAGAACUCAUGACAUCUGGGACCCUCAAAACCUACAUCAAGAGAUUUAAGAAGAUCAAUGCCAAAGUGUUAAAGAGCUGGUGCAAGCAGAUUCUGAAGGGGCUUUGUUACCUCCACACACGAGACCCACCCGUUAUACACAGGGACCUAAAAUGUGACAACAUCUUCAUCACAGGCACAACGGGGUCCGUCAAAAUAGGGGAUCUGGGACUAGCCACACUCAAGAACAAGUCUUUUGCAAAGAGCGUUAUAGGUACACCGGAGUUUAUGGCACCGGAAAUGUACGAGGAACACUACGAUGAGUCCGUAGACGUGUACGCCUUCGGGAUGUGCAUGUUGGAAAUGGCCACAUCGGAGUAUCCGUAUAAGGAAUGCCAUAAUGCGGCUCAGAUCUACAGGAGAGUGACAACGGGUGUGAGACCGGAGGCCUUUGAGAAGUUGGAGAACGAAGAAAUCAAGAAGAUUAUCGACAGCUGUAUACAGACAAACAGACAGGACAGACCCUCAGCCAAAACCCUGCUCCAGUUGGAUUUCUUCACUGAGGACACUGGGCUGAGUGUGGAGGUGGCGAAUAGGGAGGACGGGGAAACGCCCCCUAACAUUGUGGCCCUACGACUCCGUGUCGUCGACCCAAAGAAACGAAGGGACAAGCACAAGGAAAAUGAGGCCAUUCAGUUCGAGUUUGACCUAGAUAAUGAUCAAGCUGAGGAUGUGGCUUUAGAAAUGGUGAAGUCUGGCUAUCUAGUGGAGGAGGAUGUCAAAACUGUGACGCGACAAAUCAAGGAGAGGACACAGCCAAUCAUUGCGCUGAGAAUGGCCAAGGCAGCGGAGGGCGUGUCAGCUAGCUCCUCAGAGAGUGGCCCAGCCCAGUCGACCAGCCAGCAGGCCAUGCCCCCACCCCCACAGCAAGACCAGUCCAGUCAGCCCCAGACACAGCCUGGACAGACUUCCCCUGGUCAGUCAUCUGAUUCCCAGAACGUUUCCCAACAGCAGUCCUCCCAACAACAACCCCAGCCCCCGACGGUGAACGAAGCCACCCCCCAGACACAACCAUUACAGCCCUCCAGCAGCCUAGAGGAAACACAAGCGGCAAUUCCUGUUGGUGUUCCCAGAGAGGUAUUUGAAAAUCUUUUGGACGGAAAUCAGUACAAGAAGGAGAGAUCUGACAGUAUAUGUUCCACUUCCAGUGUGGGUCAAGUGGUCAAUCACCAAAAACAACUCAGUCAGUGUUCGAGUUUGGAACAACUGAACAUCGCUGCGGCCCAGCAGCACCAGACGAAGCACCAGCCCGGGACCAGUACCCCCAAGGCCAGCUCCUCGGCCAGCAGUGGACCCUCCCAGACCAACCUGGGGGCCAGUCUCUCUCUCCUUCAGCAGGAACAAGAGCAGUGUAACAGAGAAAGUGAAAACGAACAGAUUGCUGCCAAGACUGAGGAGAAGAAGAAGCGAAAUAGAGUGAAGAGGAGGAAGACGCUGGAGAAGAACCCGCGGCUGACGAUCCUGAGUGUGGUGAAGGAGACGGGUGAGGUCGAGUGUAAGCUGGAGAUCUCCAACAAAAACACCAUCUGCUUUAAGUUCUCCCUGGAGAACGACAAGCCCCAGGAGAUAGCCGAGAGCUUGGUUCAAGAAGACUUGCUGCCAGAGGCCCAGUCAGGCAUGGUGAUCAAACUCCUGGAGGAAGUGGGCCACAGUGUUAAGGAAAAUGCAGAGACUGCUAUCUCCACCAUCCUCAGCUGUUGCACCAGCACCCCCACCUCCAGUCCCUGCACGGUCAGGAAAGUACGACCCACAGCGCUAGAGGUGGAGGCUGUUAAGAGGCUGCAUUUUGACAUGGACGGAGACAGUGGACAAACAUCGGAUGAUAGUAGGAACGAUGCUGGUGUCCACGAAAUCUUGGACGGGGUCGAUGGACUUCAUCAAGUUCAGAUGAGGGAGAAAAAGUCAGAGUCUCGUGUUAUAGAAAGCAAGAAGAGAAGUUUCAUCGUAAGCAAAGUUAUGGAGCCGACAAUACUGGAAUCGAAAAUAUCAGAAGACGACAACGAGGAACAAACAAACAUUUCCGACAAUUACAUUUCCCCGGAGAAUACCCAUAAUUCUCUACCAACAUCCAAUCAGUCCACCACACAGGGCGCUGGGAGUAUCAUUGAUAGUGAUGCAGGAAAUGGCACAGAUUCUGAUAAAUCCAUCUCCAGGAAGGCUGCCGUUCCCGUGGAUUUUUCAGCUUUACAGGAGCAGCUGAAACAACUGACCCACACUUCUCAGCAACAAGCUCAAACUGAGGCUACAAUAGAGAAAGGGUCAUCACCAAGUGUUCCAAAUCUGACACCUGUUUCAGAAAAUCAACCAAAUCAAAUUGGAGAAGACCAGUCUACUGCUUCAGUAAAUAUACCCAGGAGGCGAACAAGUGUUGAGAGUUCACAUGCCCCUCAGAUGGUGCCACCGAAAAUGGCUCAAUCUGCACCCCAGGUUAAUCAGACAAGCCAGACCACACAAGCAAUAACAUCACAGCAACCGUCGAUGCCACAACAGCCGAUACAGCAACAACCUGCAACACAGCAACACCAACAGGCUGCUGGGCAACAGCAGCAUCCACAGCAUGUCCAGGCUGGACAACAGUCAGCAGUGCAACAUCAACAACCCACAGGACAGCAACCUGUGCAACAGCAACAAUCCCAAGCACAACCAUCUGUGCAACACCAACAAUCUCAAGGACAACAGCCUGUGCAACACCAACAAUCCCAAGGACAACAGCCUGUGCAACACCAACAAUCCCAAGGACAACAGCCUGUGCAACACCAACAAUCCCAAGGACAACAGCCUGUGCAACACCAGCAAUCCCAAGGACCACAACCUGUGCAACACCAACAAGGGAAACAUGUUCAGCAACAGCUGCCACCCCAGCCAUCACAGUUGGAAGAAGCAGCUCUGCCUGGUUCUCAACAUCAGGUUACGCAUCCACAGGUUGACCCUCUGUCCAGUAGCCAGGGAAUGGAGCAGAGUUUGAAUGCCAGUCAGUCUGCUCCUGGGAAUCUCUCCAACAUCGUACCGCCAAUAAGUCUCCCCCAGAACAUCCAGCCACAGCAACCAGUGCAGCCACAGAUGUAUCCCAAGAUCCCAAUGAUGAUGCCGCCAAUUCCUGCGUAUGAUCCCAUGUACCAGCUACAGAUGCAAUACUACAACAACUAUAUGUGGUACAUGUCUUUCCUGCAACAGGCCCACUCUCAACAGCCUCAUCCUCAACAGCCUCAUCCUCAACAACCUCAUCCUCAACAACCUCAUCCUCAGCAACCUCCCCAGAUGUUCAUGCAGCCCAACCCUAACUGGAUGUUCCCUGGUCCGUUCUACCACACAGUGACGGGGGCCUCGACCCAGACACAGCAACACCAGCAGAUCCCGCCCUCCAUGAUGAUGGACCAGGGCGUGACCGGAUCCUCUCAUCCUUCCUCUCCGACUUUAUCCAGGAGAAGAGACCCGGACAGUCAGGGGAAAAUGUCCAGCGCCUCUGAUCAGCCACCAGGGGGAUCCAAAAAGGCAAACAUUGCGGAUCUACAGACACUUGAUCAGGAGUUAAUGAAAAUCCGUACGACUGGCUCACGCAGGGAGAAAAAUAUUGGAGGGGCUGACGUGUUUCCCUCUGGAAGUGAAACACAUGGUGCUCAAAGUGUAGGACCUUCUGGAAGUGAAUCCGGUUUUGUGACUCCAAGUUUGUCCUUGGAAAGUUUGAAACAGGAGGAUGUAAAUAAAGUUCCUUCGGAGGUUUCUCAAGAGAACAGUGUCAAAAAGAGAUUUCAAGUGAGUGCGGUCAAGGACGAUCCUCUCAUCAGUAGAUCUAUCUCCGACGAGUCGCAUUUGGUCUCUGAUGCUAGUAGAUGUUUGACUGACAUUUCGGACGAUGUGAAACAGACAAUGCAAUACAUGGUGGACAAAGUGUCCAAUGAUAGAGAACCAAAAGUGGAAACAUGCAAGAAAGGCCGUUUCCAAGUGACUAAAGUUAAAACUGAAUCCCAAACUGUUGCUCCUACCGAGUCGGUUGGUGACAGUGAAAGUGUAUUAGGUGAAGGGGCUAGUGCAGCUAAUCCAGAAUGUGUAUCGUCUCAGCUUGCUAGCAACACUGUAAGUAAAUCGCUUCCCAAGCUUUCUCCCUAUCUUUCAAACUUCUCAGAACCAUCACCUCUGAAGAGCUGCAGCAUCAGUGGAAUGGGGAGCUUUACCCCACUCCCAGCCUUUUACUUCCCCCAUGAGCAUACAGUACAGUAUUCUGCUAGGUUGCCCCGCAGGCGUAGGUUAAAUUCCACAGGGAGUUAUGAUAUCAAUGAUUGUAAGGAAUGUGGUGGUAAUUUCAAAGGUGGUGGUUCGUUCUUUGCUAACCGCAAGGCUCAUGGUAUGCAUGUACAUGUACCUAAGAUUAAGUAUGAGUUUUCCUCGGAGGAAAGCUCCACUGAUGAUGAGAGUAGGGCUGUAGAAACGGGUAUUCAAACCUCCCCAGCUUUGAUGUUAAAGGACUUCUGGAAAUCCCGGGUCCAAAGAUUUCGUAAAAAGAUGCCCAAGACUCCCACAAGUUACGACGAUGAUUCCUCGGAGGGUGAAAGUUUCACUGAAACAGAGGUGGUGACAGUGCGGGAGGCAGAUGAAGAAGACGAGGAGGGGCUAGAACCUCUCCCUGAGGAAUCCUCAGACAGCCAGGAACCCAGUCAGGCUGCAGGGGGGGCCAGUCCCAAACAACCGGUGUGGUGGCAGGAUGACCCAGAGUAUCAGGAACUGCUCAUGAGGCAUGAAGAGGAACGGAAGUCACUGAAUUUGAAACAGCAGAGAGAAAUCCAGGCGUUCAUGAAGAAGAAGGGCAUGCCUGUCCCCCCUCUCCCUCCCCCGGCACCCCCACCCCCGCUACAGAUGCGAGGCCAUGGCCCAGGAAGUCUGAUGAGUCCUCAGAUGCAAUCUUUGCAGACAUCUCUACAACAGUUAGGAAGUUUACACAUCAAUGGCAAACUCAUGCCAAGCCUUACCAAACAGCACAGGCGCUCAAAUUCUGGGGACAUGUCAAAACUACACGAUCUGGCUAAGGAGGAGGAGGAGGCUGCAUUAAAAUCCUUGACAAAACUGGAAGGACAAAAAGAUUCUGACUCAAUUUCGUACAUGUGUGACCUUUCGCAAAGAGGUUCGAGUCAGGGUAUUCUCAAGAUUGAGAAUGAUUCAACUGUGAUGUCAGACAAUGGUAGUUUAGAGAAAAAUGUCAAAGCCAGCUGUGAUACAGUAGACUGCAUGAAACAUGGCUUGAACCAAAGUAGUGAGAAACUUAGCGUGGACUUCUAUGUCCCGACCAAUGUGCAGACUCCAGUGACGGAACAGCCGCUGCACGUGAUGACGAGCCAGCCGGGACUUUACCCCACUCACCCCUACUCUUACAGCUUCCCAUACACCAACACCCCCAAUUCUUCACCUUAUGCACAGGCUGGCUUCGGUGGUCAUGGGUACUUUUCUUAUCCCCAGUUCAUUCCGCAUAGUGUUGCCAUGAUGCACAGCAAUUCCAGCAGUUUGCUGGCCAAGUCUGGCGCUGCGCAGCCGGUAGUCACGACGGCUAUCCAAGCGACGACGGUCCCAGUAGAUUCGAACUCUGUGCCCGCUAUUUCAUCAUCUCAAUACACCUCAUCCCUAUCACCGCCGCAACCUUGAACAACUUUAGCCAAAUGUCUUUCAUAACAUUGUACCAUCAUUCUUUGAUACAAUAUCUAAGGUUUUUAUGCUUCAAGGAAAAUGCACACAAAUACUGUAGUUGUAAAUUGUUAAAACUUUUUAGCUUAAGAAAAGGUGGAGUCAGCAUCAAUGUUAUCAUUGCCAUUUCUUUAGAGUUUGGUGAAAUGGGAACAAAUAUGAACCUUAUUCAGGUCAUGAGUAAAUGGAGUUGGAUAUAUUUUUUUUUGUUGAGAAGAUGUAUGCUUGUGUGUGUGAUUGCUGCAGAACUGUGAAUAUCUUCACCAGAGUGCAAGUUGUGUUGACUGAAAUGCAGUUAUUGAAUAUUUAACAUUGUAAUUAAAGUAUCCUUUAAUUUAUCAUUUAUAAGUACAUUAAUUAAUGUGUAUUAUGCCUGUUAUAAUUUGUACUGUCAAAAGUGCUAUAGAGUAUUUAAAAGAAAUUUUAUAUCUACACACAUAGACACACAAUUUUUGAUGGCUGUAAAUGGUUGAGAGAGAAAUGAGAGAAAGAAAAAAAAAGGUGCAAAUAGUCCAUAACAGUAUUGUAGGCCAAGUUAAAAACAAAAACUCUGAAGAAAGGACUAAUUACAGCAUUGUGUACAAUGUUUAUGGUUGCCAUGCAAUCAAAAUGUUUUGAUGUAAAUAGACUUUUCAUUUUAAGAAUUGUGCCAGUAGUUUGCACUUUUGUCUCUGUUUUUAAAAAUUAGAAAAAAAAUCUUUUUUAUUCAUUGAAAAAGUUUUUUCGUUUUGUUUAUUUGGGGGGAAAUUUUUGAAUGAAAUCAUCAGUGAUGUUGUUAGAACAGAGAACUAGUUUAUUUUUUCAGGACAGACUUGGUGUACAUAUAUUUAUGGAGGGUUUGUUAUUUUCAGUAGGAGUUCUGUCAGCACUCCAUCAUCUGCUUUCAGUCGUGUAGUGUGGGUUGGUUUUGUGUGAGAAUUACCAUACAUGUACAGGUUAAAACACACUCGCACACAAAGUAUUUUAACACUGUUCAGAAUCAUUUGUACAUUGUUUUAUUACCCGUUUCACUGGCAGAUUUUAAACAGUCAUACAUUGGAAAAGUGAUUCAUGUUGAGCCAAGAUGGCCUGUACAAUCACAUUGUUGAUCUUUUUUGUGCAUAAAAAAAAAUAAGAUUAAAAAAAACAGCAACAAGAAAAUCAAACAAAACUAGAAUGCUAUUAAAUGUUUGGAGUGUAUUCUUGCAUUGACUUCUCAUUAAGCAUAACUAGAUACAAACCCAGUCCUAUGCUUUAUAUGCUUUAGUUUAAAUUUCUAAAUCCUAUUUUUCUCCAGGGUUACAUUAUUUUAAACAACAAAAAAAACAAGGUAGGGGUUUAAUUGAGCAUCAAAUAGAAGGAAGAAAAUUUUAUACACUAGAUUGCUUAUAGUCAUGGAUUCUUUGAUGAAAAGGAAGAGGUCAAUUUUUAGGGGUAAAGAUGUAAUCUAAUUGUCUGGCAUUUAGUAUCUACGAAUAUAUUACAUGUUAGGGCACUUGUUUUUAAAAUUUUUACACUUCGCUAAAUUUGUUAUUCCCCCCUCUACAUUUAUUGUACAUGAGCAAAAUUCUGUAUAUCCUUGGUUUUCACAGAUUUGAUGUUCAACAUGUGAAGUGUUUAGCUAUGUAAUUAUUUUUUCACAUCUAUAUUGUAAAGCAACGUACUUUAUAAAGCGGAUGAAUUAUUCAAUGCAAUAUGUAUUUUCAAUUGAUAUUCUUUAGUGUUUAUAACGUGAUUAAUUGAAGCAAUUGCUUGGUCCAUUCAAAAAAUGGUAGAAUCUGGUCUCAUAAGAAAAUGUUCUCAAUUAACACAUUUGAAAUAUAUGUAUUUUUCCAAAUAUUCUAACUUGUAUAAGAAAUAAUUACUGCAAUACCUUUUAACCUCCAAUAAAAAAGAGCAUUAUUUUUAAUCAAGUUAUGCACCACCAUGCAUCAGUGUAUAUAACUGAAUUGAACAAAGAUUAGAUUUGGUAACUUGAAAGUCCAUUAAUGAAUUACAGUGGACAUUCAGAAAGGGGCUUUGGUUUGUGUGCAAUUUUUAUUUUAUUUCAUUUUUUUGGUUUGUAAAUCCAAUUUCAUAAUAUUUCUGUGAUACCAUAGUACGUUGUAAACUAAAGGAUUCUGAAACCUCCUAAAUUUAGGAUGGGUAGCCUGUACAGUCAACCAAUUCUAUGCUUGACUUAUUUCAGAUAAUUUGACGUUUAAUUGAUGCCACUUUUGCUGUAUGGUUUUUAAAGUUUUGUUGCAAUGUUACAUAUUUUUUGACAAAGUUGAACAAUGCAAGGUGAAGCUUUUUUGCAGUAAAGCGUGCCGGAAAUGAUAAAUAA